AUGGUCCCCCACCCGGAUUCGCAUGCAACGGAGCACAUGAACUACCGUGAGCUCCAUCUCCGCCUAUACAAGGGGCGCCCAACGCGCCCAUUGCCAUGCAACACCAUGGCGCUGGGCGCCUCGUCCUGGUACAUCUACCGCGAGAAUGGGCUCUGCAUGGACCUCGGCCUACCACAACGGGAGCGGGGUCGCAAGCCCAUGGCCAGUGAGAAACGAAUCCGAGUUGGGAAGCGGCUGGGAGACACGGACACAAUCCGUCACAAAGUGUCCACCUCGAGAGCCACUCGGCUCCGUUGCCAUCACAUCACUCCGAUCCUACGCGUUAGCGGCGUGCACCAAGUGCCGGCAGAGCACAACGGAAAGCGGCUGAAGGUGCGCGAUCCGCUUGCAGGGCGGGCAUUUGAUGGCAGCAAUUCGACAGAUAACCCCAUAGCGGCCUGCAAGAGGGUGAAUUCGUACCUGUUGCGAAACGACUUGGGGGGCGUUGGAUCUGCGGAGGGUCGCCGGGAACGAAUCGCCAACAGCCGGCCGAUCAUGGCUGGGCCCAGUCUCUUUUUUAUCUUGACCGUUAUCAUCGUUGCCAGCGGGUCUAUUCCUAAAGCGCCGUCUCCCCCCUAUUCGCUGGGCUGCAUCGAGAAAAACCCGCUGACUGUUAUUCAAGGCUACGAUGAAGGCGGAUUUGCUGCAGUGGCAGACAUGCCAUCCUUCCUAUAUGAUCUAGGACUUAUAGGGCGACAGUGGGAGGACAGGAGGCACGAGCUCAUUGCGAGAAAAGCGAAUAUCACGUCGUUUGGCGUCCUCGGCGCGGCGUUUGGUGCCAUCAUCGCCUUGGCCAUCACAGAUAAGAUUGGACGCCUGCGGACGUGGCGGACCUUUAUGGCUGUCUGGAUGACUGGUUUCUUCAUUACCACCUUUUCAUCUGGAAUAUACGGGCUGUUGCUGUUCUCGCGGCUGUUUUCCGGUGUUGGUGCUGGUGGCCUUACGGUCGUAGCACCCCUUUAUCUCACGGAGAUUGCUCGAUCCAAGUCUAGAGGGAUGGUGGUGUCCGUGUACAUGGUGCUGCUGCUAUCUUUCCUCAUGUUCGGGUUCUUCAUCAGUUAUGGAGCCAGAAAGUCUCUGCCCCCGUCUAGGGAGCAAUAUCGCGUUGUGCUAUGCGUGCCUUUGAUCCCCGGAGGUAUUGCCCUCUUCUUUUCCUCUUUUCUCAAGGACACUCCUCGCUGGCUUGCAUCAAAGGGCCGCAAUGACGAGGCUCUCGUGGUCUUGUCCAGACUGCGAGGAGCGCCUCCCAACGACCCAGCCGUCAAAAAAGAAUAUGCCGAGAUUGUUGAGCAGGUGCGGGAUGCGAAACAACGACUGUCUGACACCACGACGUGGCAGAUUGUGAAAGAAGUCGCCACCAUUCCCACCUAUCGCAAGCGGUUUCUCUUGGGCCUUGCGAUGCAGACAAUUGCCCAGUGGACAGGCGGUAACGGAAUCACAUACUACAUCCCUACAAUUUUCCGAUACGCUGGUGUCCGCAGUGACAAUAUAUCGUUGAUCAACUCGGGCGCUUAUGGAGCGCUUAAGCUUUUCUUCACCAUGAUUUUCACGUGGGGCCUCAUCGACAUCAUUGGUAGGCGCAUCUGCUUCAUGAGCGGCCUGUUCCUCCAGGGCGCUACACACGUAUACAUGGCUAUCUACAUGGGCAUCUGGAUCGACUCCCAAAACAAAUCCGCGUCCGAUGCCGCCGUUGCAUCCGUGUACAUCUAUGCUGUCGGCUGGUCUAUCGGACUGUGUACUAUUCAGUACUUGUACGGCACGGAGAUCUUGCCCACGCGGAUAAGAAGCGUCUGCUACGCAUCCAACAUGACGAUACACUGGUUCUUCCAGUUUGCAGUCGUGCGCUCCACGCCGGCCAUGUUCGACGGCCUCAACAUCUGGGGCGCGUACGUGUUCUGGGCGUGCAUCUGCUUCAUCGGCCUCGUGGUCCUCGGCCUCUGGGCGCCUGAAACAAAGGGCGUCCCGAUGGAGAGAAUGGAGGAGCUGUUCUCCGGGCCGUGGUACACGGGGUGGAAGGCGAAGCUGGGCCCGCAGCGCGAUGUAGAAGAGAGAUCGCUGAGCGGAUCGCCGUCUGAGGACCUGGGCGGCAGUUCUGAAACUGUGCAAGUGAAUGUUCAGACGAAAUAUCCUUGA